UAUUUCGACAGCUUAUUUGAAAAUUUAUAAUAUUAAGUUGACGUGUAAAUUGCGUGUUUAUAGAAAGCAUAAGCAUAACACUUAUUUUCAUGCUUUGAAUAGAACAGUAUUUCAAGCCUUAAAAAUACUCAAAGAACAGGAUCGGAGCAGGUUGAACAUAUUUAUUUAUUGGAACCUUUUUAGCGUGAACUGAAUUUUCUCUGUUACAGAGCAACAAAGUUUUCAACGGAAACAACGUUAAUACACAGCAAAACAAGCAUGUCAAUGUUGUUUCGAAGAGCCUCAUCGACUGAAGGACGAAUGAAGCGGAGCAGUAAUGAAAUCAACACAAGGGAUAUGUCGACGAAGAAAAAGGUCAUAAGGAAGGUUCAAGAGCUUAGCGGGGACGGUAAAGUCCAGGUCACCUCUGCGUGGACCAUUGAUAUGUCAAACUCCCAGUACAGGGUCUCCUUUUCUCGGGAUAAUCUUCAUGUCUGGAUUAACGGGACGGCGGUGGAGACAACGUGCUAUAUUACCGACCAUGGUUACGACGUGGACAUUUUCUUUACGCUGGAGGGCCAUGAAGGACACAUCUACAGCGACGUCGAGGGACACGAGAUGAUGAACUAUCUGCUCAUCAACGGCGAGAUAAAGGGACAGGACUACCAAACGAAAGUGGAUAGCGCGGAAUAAUAUUUCUUAAAAAAGUAUGGGACUAUUUUAAGCGCGUAAGAACUGACGGAGAAGAAGGUGGUGGAUGUUGAUACGUUGUUUCAAAUUUGCGUACUGAAAAGACAGUAGCGUAUAUUUAGAUUUAAUUUAAUGGAAUUAUCAAUAACUCAUAUUAAUUGAAACGAAGGUAAUUUUGAAAACUGAUUCUACCAUGACUGUAUGUUUACUAACUUGAGUAGUUUGCGUACGCUGCAGGCCCAUCCACACCGCCAAGUUGCUAUUUUUAGCUGAUUUUAUUCUCCUUUUUAAAUUCAUGGUUUUUAUAGGUUUCAAUGCAAAUCGAUGUUUUCAUUAUACCAUUUAUGCCUAGCGUCUAGAAAAAAGGCCUUGGUAAACAGCGUAGACCCAGAUGAGACGCCGCAUGAUGCGGCGUCUCAUCUGAGACUGCGCUGUUCGCUUAAAGGAAUUUCUGUAAGAAAUAUUCUAAAUAUAGAAUAAAUAUACUAGACAUCCCUAAUUUUGGAAAUAAAUUGAUCCAAUUUAGAAGGAUGGGAGAGUCCACUAGGCAUAAAUGGGUUAAAUCCAUUUAUUUUGUAUUACUUUGUUUCGUUAGAGUGUGUGUUUAUAUUUGCAUAUUGUUUGACUUUUAGCAAGAUUAGUUUUGCUUGUUUCGUGUACACGUACUAGGGCACAUACACUUCUAUAUUGGAUUCAAACCUUAGGAUUUGUAAUUCGCUAAUCAUUAAGCUACCUGGCAUUUGUUAUAACAAUAAAGUAAACAUUUAUGCUUUAAAGAGCAAUUUUAGCUGUCUUUCGCUUCCAAAGACCAUUUAAGAUGUUUUUCUCGAACCAACAUUAUAUAUUCUAUAUUUUAAAUUGCUAGCACUA